AUGUCCAUGAUCUUCUUUGCCUGUGUGGUGCGGGUGAGGGAUGGACUUCCCCUCUCAGCCUCCACAGAUUUUCAUUUCAACCAGGACUUUCUGGAAUGCAAAAAGAAGCUAAAGGCUUUAUCCUCAAUUCUGGCACAUUAUCCAAGUCGAGGCACAGCAAAAGGAUGUGACCUUAGCAUACAUUUCCUUUCUUCUGGGGACGUUGCCUGCAUGGCGAUCUGUUCCAGCAGUUACUCCACCAUCAUGGCGUUUUGCUUCCUGGAGGAGCUUCAGGGGGAAUUUGCUGCUUCCUAUGACACAACAAGCAUCAGUUUAGCUUCCAGACCAUAUGCUUUCCUUGAAUUUGAUAACAUUAUUCAGAAAGUCAAAUGUCAUUUUAACCGUGUGCGUGCCUCUCAAAUCAAGGCUAACUGGGAGAAGGUUGAGGAGGAGCUGAAGUUCCAGCCCCCAGUUCAACUGAAACUAGAGGACACAGAGCUGAUGAAUGGGAUGGCCAAUGGUGGGCACACAGGUGUUCAUGUGGAGGUUGCCCCUACAUACCGAAUGCAGCCUGUGACUCCCCUGGGGAUUCUCUCACUUGUUCUGAACAUCAUGUGUGGGGCUUUGAAUCUCAUUCGAGGAGUUCACCUGGCAGAGCAUUCAUUUCAGGAGGACCAUGAAGGAAUUGGAAAUGUGAUAGCUUUUUUCCUACCAUUUCUAGCCUGUGUUUUCCAGUGUUACUUGUACCUCUUCUACAGCCCAGCAAGGAAGGUGAAGACAUUUGUACUCUUCUUCUCCAUUUGUUCCUGCAACAUUUACCUGUAUGGGUUACGGAACCUCUGGCAAGUAGCUUUUCACAUAGGAGUAGCAUCUCUUUCUUCUUACCAGAUACUGACAAGGCAACUCAUGGAGAAACAGCCUGACUGUGGAGUAUGA